AGAGAGAGAGAGAGAGAGCUCGGCGCUCUCUGACAUGAACACCAGCCGCGACCCGAGAAAGAAACCCGACUGGAGGGAUGACGUCCGGCCACCCCACGACGGCGCACAGCCACCAUUCCCUUCGUCUCUGCGUCGCCUACGUCCCUGUGCCUUUGGAUCACUCAUGUAUUGAACGGAGAAGGAGCAACGACGACUGGAAGCUCCGAGACUUCUCCGGCGAGCUCUGCAAUUCCCGGCGAUUCUGACCACCAUUUUGGCUACCUGUGGUAUGAAAUCUCAUCUCCUCGUCAUGCCCAACAAGCCUGUGCAAUUAGUUUUUGAAUUUGAUUGGGUUUUAAUGACUUGGUUUCUAGGUUUGGUCUCGGGCAGCCGUGUUCUUGGACACCUGCGACAUUUCUGGCUGUUCUCGACUCAUUCCUGCCUAGUUUCUGGUUCGACUGCUUCUCUGGACGAGGCCUGACCCUGCGUGGGAAUUAAACUCCUAAGAUUUCUGGGUUGUGGUCAUUGAAGCUUGAAUACCAGUUCUCCCCCAAGUUUCCAGCAGCCUCAUAGAGCAAAAAUGAUGGCCCUGAGAAAGAGAACCCAAGCCCGAAAGCCAUAGAUGGCAAUCCAUGGCGGAUCUGAAUCUGAAAACGACGGCGUUUGCUGCACAAAACGAAGAGCAAUCCCAAAACGACGUCGGACAAGGCACCAGGAUGUGGCCGUCGACCUACAAUGUCACCGAGGAUCAGGAGCCCUUCAUGGAAGUCAAGGUCCACCAGAAAGCCUCGUUUCACAGUCAGUUCAACGGCGACUACAUCGACGUCCGCUCCAAUCCGUACUUGAUGAAAAUCUUGCAGAAACAAGAUGACAAGGAAGUUUUGUUUGCUGAUAAAGUGUUGAAAUUUACUAGUACUGGAGACGACGAAGAUUAGCGGGAAGGUGUGGUGGCGGUAGCAGGCAGCACAAACUUCCUCAUGAACUUGUAGUGCUGUCAAGUUUGGAGCAUCCAGACCCAUGAUUUUGAAAUCCAUUCUUCUCUUCCUGGUUAAUGGAAUGUUUGCUUGAUUGGUUUUGAGAGCUCUUGUAUGUUCAAGUGCUUUGGAAUUUUCCAAUCAUAAGCUGACAAAACCCAGAUGAAGGAGACGAGUAGAAGAAGAAGGGAUCUGCUAAAGAGAAGGUUCAUUAACAAAAUGACCAAAAUACCCCUCUAAAUUUAGCACGUGGAUUCUUAGUUAACACCGUCAUGGACGACGGCGUGUAUGAAUGUUAGGUCAGACUUCAAACUUUGGGUACCAAAGUGAUAGUUUUGCAUAGUCGGGUACUGAAGUUAGGAGUCGGCUUAAGUUCGGGUACUGUUUGAAUAAUUUUCUCGUCAAAAUAUUAAGCAAGUGACAGGUUUGGUAUAACUGUAUAAGCUUAUACGAGACAGGUGAUUUCCUCCUCUAUUACGAACCUAAAGUAGCAAAAUCAUUAAAUGCUCAGUAAUCUAAGA